AUGAACGUGCAUAUGGACGCAGACAGCCACAUUACGUGGAAUUUAUCCUCCCUUCUUGCUGAGGUUGCUGCGGUGAAGGCGGCAAAGGAGGGUGGUGCUGGCGACACGCAGGAUACCGGGGAGGGGGAUGUUGUCAAGAGCGAGAUUGCCACCAAUGCCGCUGUUAAGGGUGACUGUGGUGGUGCCAGUGCGUGGGGACUGAUGUGUGGGGAGCGGAAGAGAAUGGGCGGCUGUAACGGGAAUUUGCCCCACAGGACGCCGUUGAUACCGGCAUCAUUUUGUUCAUUGGCGGCAGAUGUGAAUGGCGGUGUCACCGAUGAUGCUCCGCCGAUGUUCUUUGACUCCCAGAAACGCCCGGAGGCCACGGCGGGUGGGUGGGCGAGUGCGGCAACAACCGCGAAUUCCUCGUGCGGGUACCACGCCGGCAAGUUGGGUACAUCGCCGGAGAAUAUGUUGAAGACGCCGUCCACGUCGCCCUUUUCUGUCGUGGCGGGGCUCACACCCUCGGCAUAUGGCGCCAGCGCGAGGAAGCCGAGCACCCUGCCCACCACCACCACUACUACUAAUACUGCCGCAACUGUGGGCACGGCGACCGCAACGACAAGCGCAACCUCCACCCCGUUUUGGAUGAUACCGAAUGCCUCUUCCGCCGCCAAUGGUGUCAGCCUCGCCAUCUCAAAUAUUAACAACGGCAACACUCAUCACAAUAACAAUACUAAUCAUGUGUGCGGCCGUCACGGUGGAAAUGACCCUUUGAGCAGCCUGAACCUGUUGCUCAACCUGUCUCCUGUGAACACGCCGACCAAUUCAGCAGGGGCGGCGGCCGGAACGUUGCGCUCGCCACGGCCAAACAGCGUGAUUUUGAGCGGUGGCCCGUACACACUGCAGCAGUCUGAACAACAAAAAAAGCGGACUUCCCAGCAGCAGCAGCAGCAGCAGCAGAAGCAAAAUCAACAUCAACAGCAGUAUACGGAAAUGCGUCAUUCUGUCUCAGAGCCAUUUCGAGGUGCGUUGAUGGACCCCCAACCAAUGGUGAGGCAUGCGACGGCGUAUCAACUCCCUUUAAAAGGCCCUGAUAAUCCCAUGGGAGCCGCCACCAUCAUCACCAAUUCUUCGACCAUCAACAACAACAGCAAGAAUAAUAUCAUUAACAGCAAUAUGAGCAAUGCCAAAAACGGUCUGAAAGGGUCUAACUACCCAUGGGUGUUUCCCGAUGAUGGGUGGAGCACUAUGAGGUCAUCGUCUACUUCAUCGCCACUUAGAGAAUUGGCUAGUUUUUUGGGACCCAAAAUUUGCGCCGCGCCAAGCACGCGUCACCUGCACCACGGGCAUCACCAGCAGCGAGUGAAAAUUCGGGUUCCUCUUGUACCCAGUUGUUCUGGGGAAAGCAACCGUGCAACAUUGGCUUCGUCGGAGCGAAAACACACCGCUUUGGCUGAGGGGUCAGCAGAACUUCAUCGUGACGCCUUGUUUCCACCAGUGCCAGUUGAAAGGCCUCAAUACCGCGGCCAUGUGGUGGAGAUGGCCUCUGAUCAACAUGGAUGCCGUGAGCUGCAGUCGGUCCUGGAGCGUUACCCAUACCGUUCGCAAGAGGUACAGUGCGUUGUAAAUGAAUUGCUUCCUUGUCUGCCACAGGUGAUGGCAAGCCCGUACGGGAACUUCCUUGUCCAGAAACUGCUGGAGAUUGCACCAGAUGAGGAUAGGCUGCAUAUGCUUUCUCAGCAUCUGUCUGGAUCGCUUUGUGAGGUUGCUGUUUCUCCGCAUGGUAACUAUGCGGUUCAGAAGUUGAUUGAUUCGUUACGAUCGCGGCGGGAGGUGGAGGUGGUAUGUGCGGCGCUGCAGCGAGGAGUAUUGAUGCUGAUGAAUGAUCUCAACGGAGGACACGUGGUGCAAAAGUUGCUUCAGUGCCUGCCUCAGGAUGUUGCCUUUGUGUACGAUGCCAUUGUGGAGAAGACUAUUGAUUUAUGCAAUGACAAACAGGGCUGUUGUGUGGUUCAGAAAUGCAUGGACUCUGCCCCACCAGAGCGGCUGCCGCAACUACAGGAGGCGGUGCUGAAGCAUUUUUUGCCUCUUUCUAUGAGUCCUUAUGGCAACUACGUGGUGGCGCAUCUCAUUCGUAACUGUGACGCCAUGAAUCAACGUCACGUGGUGGAUCGCGCCGCCGUCUGCGUGGGCCCUGCGUUGAAGAUGCUCUGUACCAACAAGUUUGCUUCCAACGUGGUGGAGAUCAUUCUGAGUUUAUGCAGCGAGGAGGUCAAGGUGCAGCUGUGCCGCUCCCUCCUUCAGGGGUCGAAUGAGAAGACAGUGUUUUUGUUUCAAAACAAAAUCCUGGGGAAUUCUCAGGAUGUCACUUUUUCCUCCCCAUCCUCGUCGUCAUUACCGCAGCACAUGCUGCACCACGACACCUCGACGCUCUCCGCUAUCGCGCUUAACCAAUUUGGCAACUACGUGGUGCAAAAGAUGCUCUCCGUCCUUCCCGUCUGCACGGAACUCAUACAAUUGGUUCACCACCUGCACCGGAUGCUCCCGCUUCUGCUUGACAUGAAUUUUGGCAAACGCGUGGAGACAAAGAUGGAUCAGGCUACGGCCCGCAUUGUGCAGCAUUACCAGCAGAAAGGAAUUGCCACAGGUGACAUGAAUAAUUGCAACACGGCGGUUGGACAGACAGAAGUGAUGCGGAUGUUCCAACUGAGUACGCAUACAACGGACAUCGCAGCAAUGCGGCAGCCGCACCAGAAAAAAUCGGUAGCGCAGGCAGCAACGGCAGUGGCGUUAAAUGCGAAAACAAAGAUGCCGUCAGUUUCACAAUGCAUUGAGAAGAACACUGUGGGGGAUAACUUCAACUUCCCCCAUGCUCUCUUUGCCGCGCCACUAACGCCACAAGGGUCACCGCAUCAGCAGCAGCAGCAGCAGCAACAGCAACAGGGUGCCCGGUAA